AUGAUUGGUCCGUGUUUGAUGGAGUCCUCAAAUCAACCAAGGGAUGAGUCUAUGGAGAAAGGGUUAAAGAGAGACAAAAAUGAAGCAAUAGCAAGAAUCAAAGUUCUUGAGUUAAGAGAGAAAUCAAAGGUAGAUCUUUUAGCUCGGUUGAAGGAUCUCAAAGCUGAACUUGCUCUCCUUCAUGCUACUAAGGUCACCGACGAUGCUCCUAACAAGCUCUCUAAGAUCAAGGUGGUGAGGUUUUCCAUUGCACGAGUCUUAACUAUGAUUUCAUAG